GGAAAACAAAACAAAUCCAAUUCAUGGAGGUCGUCGUUUUCAAACGAAUAAAUUCAUGCAAAAUAUCAGUUUUCCAAUAACUGACACAGCUUUCUCUUCUUGUCUCUUUAAAAGUAAUCCUAACUACUGAAUCUCAAGCCUCAUUCAGUCCUUGAACCCGAACCUCUAUAACCCAAAACAAUAAUAACCGACCAUGCUGCACCUGCCUAUGGUUUUUCGAUCGAGUCUCUUAUAUUUUACAGCAGUUACUGUCCUCCAUAUAUCUAGGAAAUAGGCAAGUCUAAGGUACACUUUAACUGAUAAAUAAAUAGCGAUUGAGAUUAGAUUUGCAAACCAAGCCGUCUUCGGAGUUGUAUAUCAUAUGAUACAUAAGGUGAAAGGUCAAAGCCGAGGCUCUCCAGAAAAGGCAUCGCUUUCAUACUUUCCAUUAGAAGCAUCCAUAACUAUUCAUUUGAAAAUGAGGUAUUCUUUCACUGACACGCUUUUUAAAGUUGACAUCUUUUUGCCACAAAAACCACAGAUGUCUAUGUAAGUAUGUGUACAGGAGAUCCUACUGUCAGGGGACGAUACUAUUGUCAAAGUCCCGGAGUAACAGUUCUUGAGCCAGAACGAAAUGGUGACCAAAAAAGUGCUCUCAUAUUUGCUUUCACGGACCCUUGGCCCAAACGCUGCACUCAAACACAUUUUCCAUCAUUGCAGCGCUUGUUAUGCAACUACUAGCGACCAUCCGUUUUCGCAAAGUCAACUUCAAACUUCAACGAAGGUUGUUUUGCCAAGUUUCCCAUGCCAGCAGUGGAAAACGAGAAGGGGAUUUGAAAUGUGUGUAACGAUACUCAACAACAAUGCUUCGGUUUGCAGUGGCAUUGUUUCCCCGCCAGUCUCCUGGCAUCUGUCUCGGAAUUAUUCUACUAAAAAAGACAAAAAGUCAAAAGUUGUAAAGGGAGGCAAGAAGAAAGUAGAGCUUACUCCAGAGGAGCUGGAUGGUGUGCUCGCUUUACCAAAGCUAAAAAAGGAAAUGCAAUCAGCAGUAGAGGAUUUUACACGGCAGAUAAUAGAACAGGUGUCCAUCAGGACAAACAUUGGUGUGUAUGACAGUCUUCAAAUACGAACACCAGAUGGGGUCUUCCCCCUCAUUCAGCUUGGGCAAAUUGUGCAGAAAAACCCAAAUUUGAUUCUUGUGAAUAUGGCUUCCUCUCCUCAGUACAUACAAGCUGUGAAAGAAGCUAUCGCACAGUCUGGACUGAAUGUCAACCCACAGCAGGAUGGAACCACCAUUUUCAUUCCUAUCCCCAAAGUAACAAGAGAACACAGAGAAAGCCUAGCCCGCAAUGCGAAGAUGCUGCAUGAUAAGGCAAAAGAGAAGCUCAGAGAUAUCAGCAACAAGUAUGUCAAAAAGGUGAAGUCUGCAAAGGAACACCACUCUGAGGAUAUUAUAAAAAGUGCUCAAGAUAUGGUUCUUGAUGAAAUGCAUCAAUUUGGAGAAGAGCUGGAUAAGAUCCUGCAUGCUAAGCAGGAGGAGUUGUUGGGAGGAAAGAAUUAAGCAGCCAUCCAAAGAAUCAUUGCAUUUUUCAACGUUUACAAAAGUGUGUUUUUGUAUUGCCACACUAGAAUGUGCAUGUUGAUAGGAAAACUUUUUGAUGUAGGUAUGGAAUGCCAAGUUGAAAGAAUCAUUUUAUAUUAAAAAAAAAUACUGUGUUUAGAUGCACAUGCUUCUUUGUAUUGAGGAUGUCUGUGUACAUGAUGCUGCAGUUGAAUAAUAAUGCAAAUUAGUUAACCUUUCAAAUAAAGAUAUA